GUAAAUAUUGCUUCUUGUAAACACGAUAGCACUGUGAAAUAUAAGCUGUAUACCACGAUGCGCACAGACACACUACAAUCCUACUACGCCACGUUAAAACAAGUGAAGAAACGGGCUGCAUAGUGUCUGAUAGUCUAUUGUAAUAUGGUGGUGGCACUUCUACUUGCGGCGCUGGCCUGCACUGUGAACGCGGAAGCUACAAUCAGCUCAAAGAUAAUAGGGGGUGUGGAUGUGGCUGGUCAAUCAUGGAUGGCCGCACUCAGAGUUGACGGCGGCAAUGUUAUCUGCGGUGCUACUCUGAUCGAUUCGACGCAUCUUCUAACUGCAGCACACUGCGUGGCUGAGCAACAAUCCGUGUACACUGCGUUCACGGAAGGACGCGUGCUAGCGUAUAUAGGAGGCACGAAUAUAUACAACAGUGAUGAGUUUGAAAUUGCCACUGUCAUCAAAGGUGUUUGGCAUCCCGACUUCGACGAAGAUACCUACGAUUUCGAUGUCGCUGUAUUGACGCUCAGCCGCCCUAUUACGAAUCGGACACCGAUUCAAAUGGCCACUAUAGACAAUUCAGAAUUAGAAGCUGAUGGGACGACCACAUCAAUUAUCGGCUGGGGUACAACCAUCGCCGACAGUAGUCGUGGCUCUAGCACAUUGCAGGAGAUACAGGUUCCAAUCAUCUCGGAUAAACUGUGUGAACGGUCGUACCCAGGUCUGGUAGAGGAGAGGAUGUUCUGUGCCGGUAUAUACUACGGUGGAGGCAUGGAUUCAUGCAGGGGAGACAGUGGCGGUCCAAUCUUAGUUGACGGAAUACAAAUUGGUAUCACGAGCUUCGGAUCGGGGUGUGCAAAUUCCAGGUUCCCAGGCGUCUAUGUGAGACUCUCUGCCUACACUUCGUUCAUCCAGGCGACUUUGAAUGACGAGUCCUUCGAAUCAUCCAGUUCAGACUCGGCCACAGUCAAUAAUACCCCAAGUACCGCGUUCACAGCCGCGGAUAGUGGUACAAGUGAAUCCAGUGAGAUGCUUAUCAUUGGAGCAAGUGCUGGGGGUGCUGCGCUGAUCUCUGGUGUUCUGUUGGGCGUGUUUUACUAUAGGAGGAAACGGAAUACGGAGGUAAAUGGUGUUGGUGCGAGCACACAGCCGAGCGCGAUGAAUGAUUGUGUAGAUGUGGAUAUCGUCACAGGCCAGGGGAUUAAUGGUCAGAGGGGUCAUAUAGUCGGGGAUGGUGGUGUGUAGUUGGGCUCUCGGUGUGACACCUCAAUUCUUAAUCGUGAGUGACCAUGUGUACCAAUCAUAUGCAAGAGGCUCCUUCUGCUCCUACAUUAGCGGUGCUACCAGCACACAACACAUCACUUAUCAGCCUCUUUUGUCAGUUAGGGCGGCGAGAACUGACUCACCCUAGACCGGCAGAGCACAUGUCUGUGGUUGAGCUUGCAACUACUAUAUCGACGUGCGCAAUGUAUACACGAUGAUGAGGCAAAGCCCUCACAAAAUGACCAACGUGCGAGAAACGGCAAGUGUCCACCUCGAGGUGUUUGCACAAGCAAUCGGUCGUGUAUGGAAAGUGUUUAUGAGAAAGUUCUUGCGCGAGAUAUAAUCAUAUCAAGCCGUAUGUUCCUGUACAUGUAGCUCAAUGGUGAAGCUACAUCGAUGAAAUACUCCUGGCCGAGUCUUCAUCUAAGGAAGGCGGCGCUUCAGAAUAACAAGUUGUGCAGACAACUAGCGUGUGAAAUUUGGGUUUAGAGGAACAGGGGUAUAGACAUGAUCAGUAUCCCCGAUUAUUACAGUGUACAUUCCAAUUCCAUCAUAGGUAUCCAGGUAUGAUCAGGCAUCCAUGGUCAAGCUACUGUUGACUCGCACAUCAAAUUAUUAGCGAUUCUGAUUGCUUUUACUGCAUGUACGACGCUGAGAAUUCGCCGCCUUAGGUUUUAGCAACGCCUAUCAAAAUAUUGUUGCCGUUUUAUUAUUAAGCGCAAUGUAUAAUAGUAAACUAUAUAAACAAUAAUGCAUUUCAUGAAAAUAAAUGCAUCAAACAAGAGAA